AUGACGCCCCAGGUUCCAGGCGACCCAGCCAUACUCGAGCCCUUGGACAAGCUCGCAGACGCCUCCAAGAGGUCGACCAUCAUAUUCCUCCAUGGCCUAGGCGAUGACGGCCACGGCACCGGAUACGGCCUCGCCCAGCAGUUCCAGAGGUACCAGAAGCUGCGCUACACGAGAUGGGUCUUGCCCACGGCCACUAUCGACCCGGAAGUUGGUCAGCGGUGCUGGUACAAGCCGCACGAACUCCCCUCCGCGCUCAAGCCGCGCGUGCCCGGACGGGAGGACGACGGUGCGGGGGUGGACGCGACCGAGGACGAGGAGGGGAUCUUGAAGGCGGUGGCUUAUGUCGAUGAGCUCGUCAAGGGUGAGGUGGACAGGGGUGUCGAGCCGGGGAAGAUCGCGGUCGGGGGGUUCAGCCAGGGGUGUGCGGUUUCGAUGGUCUGGGGGUUGAAGGGUGAGUGGAGGGACAAGGUCGCCGGUGUGUUCGGGCUGAGUGGCUACUUUCCAAAUAUCAAUGCCGUGUCCGAGGCUGGGAAGGCAUCAGAGGGCGAAGGACAGCAUGCCCCGAACUGGUUCUUCGGCCAUGGCAUAGGCGACAGCCUUGUCUCUGUCGGCUUGUUCGCGGACGGGCAGAAGCGGCUGCAGCAGUACGUCCAGGAAGAGAACAUCGAGGGCCACGUCUAUCAAGACCUGGGUCAUGACGUCGGGACCUCGGAGGUUCGUGACCUAUGGCUCUGGUUCAAGCAGGUUUUGAACGACGACAGCUAG